AUGAUUGCCAAAGAAGUCACGAAAAGGAGGGGUCGACAUAGAAGAAGUUCAACCUGCCCAACUGGGUCGGAGUUAGGGCAAACUGACCUUGGUGACCAACACUUAGAAAACACUAAUGAAGGGCUUCAUAUUGAAAGCAUACAAGCUCAAAGUGAUAAAACUUGUGGUCUUUGUAACACCAUGAAAAUCGAGUGUCUAUUAGGAGAUAGGAAGCUUGUGGGGAAGCAAGGAGAAGGACAAAUAGAUCAAUUCAAUUUUCUACUUCAAGAUAUUCCAGAAGAAGAUAUGCAUCAAUUAUCAUUAAUGAGAAAGACAAAUCGAAGCGUAUCAUUUAAUCAUACAAAGGAAUUUCUCGAUGUACUGGAUGUACUAAGCGUAAAUAAGGAGUUUUUCUUAAGAGUAUUAGAGGAUCCUGGAUCUUCUGUAAAAGAAAAAUAUUUGGCUAAGAGAGUAACGACGGGAUCGAGUAAAACAAAAUUCUUAACAAAAUCAAGGACAUUUCCUAAAAUUGAUUCCUUAAAUAAAAAGGAAUCCUCUUUCUCUGGUUUAUUUAGGACAAAGAGUAAGUUAUAUACUAGAGAAGAUAAUUCACAACAAUUUAUGUAUGAAAAUCUAAGUAAUAUGCAUAGUGGUCCAAUUGUAGGAAGAAGAUUUAAGGAUCUUAGACAAAAAAUAAGACAUUUGAUUAAGGAGAACAGAAAGGAGAGACGAAGAAUUGCUAUGGAUGCCCUCCUUCACAAAGUUCCUUAUGGCCAAAGAGUAUCUGAAGAAAGGGCAAAGGAAAUUCCUUGUGUUAAUGUAAUAUGUAAUCUUGAUUCAUCUGUUUCUCCAAAUGAAAAUAAGGAUAGAAAAUCUCAUAAAAGAAGAUCAUCUUUUGAUGAUUCUUUGGACAAGUAUUGUCAAUUGUUUGAGACAACAACUUCUAGUAAAGAACCUAGAAUGAAUAUUCAUGAAAGAUCGAAAUUGAGAGUCAUGGAUGAGAAUUCAUAUAGGAGUAACCAAAAGGGCCUUGUAAGGAUAUUGUCGUCUCCAGAUCUUCAAGUGUUUUUGAGCAAUCGGUUUGAAGAUUAUGAUGGACAUAUUUCUUCUAGAACACCAAAUAGGAAGAUCAGUUUUAGCGAAAGGAAAGUCGAAAACGUCUUAAACAUUGAAGGAGAAGAUAAAUGGUUUACUAACACAACCAAAGAAGCUACUUGUAAAGCUUCGGAAGAAUAUCGGGAUGUCAGCGAUACAGAAGCAUUAUCAUUGAUCAACGAUGAUGAAGAAAAUGUUGCAAUAGACAAUGGUGACCCAAGCACUGAACUAACACAAUCUUUAAAAGUGGAUACAUGUGACAUUAAUGGUGACACAAUCUCUACACAACCUAUGGUUGUAAUUCAUGGAUCCCGAUCGGAGAUGGAUUCGUUUGAACUUAAAGGAACUUUAUUUGAAGAUUAUGACCCACUACAAUCACAAGAGUUCUCCAAUGAGGCCCCAACCUUUUCUUGCGUAAAGGUUGUUGAAAAUGAAGUAAGCAGCCCCAUUCAUUAUCUAUCUCCAAAUCACCGCCUUCUACGAGUAGCUAGUUAUGAGAAAGGUGAAUUUAACUAUGUUAGAGACAUCUUACAACUCUCUGAAUAUUCGGGGACCAAAGUUCUCGGGACUUGGUACUCAUCUGAUCAACCGGUAAAUCCAUCUGUGUUUGUCGAACUCGAAACUUGCUCGCUUCUGGAGCCGGAGAUGACAUCUUCGAUUGAAGACAACCAUAGUAAUCACUUGCUAUUAUUUGAUAUGAUAAAUGAAACAUUAUUAGCUAUUUAUGAGAGGUCAGUAUCCUAUUGGAGUGCGCCUUUGUCCUCAUGCUCUAAAACUCAUCCUAUGCCUAAGGGACACCAUGUUCUUGAGGAGGUAUGGAAAUGUAUACAAUGGCAUAUUUGUUGUUCGAGACGUGAGCUUGACACUUCUUUAGAUUACAUUACUGCACGAGAUCUUGCCAAGUACGAUGGAUGGAUGAAUGUUCAGUUUGAUGCUGAAUGCGUUGGACUAGAGGUAGAAGAUUUACUCUUUGAAGAUCUUUUGAAUGAACUCAUUAAUUAA